GUUUUACUGCAUUAAACCUCUACCAGUAGUUCAAAGUCCGAAUGGUUUAAUAAAAAGACUUACAUGCAUUUCCGCUCUAGUUUAGUUUUAUUUCUCUUUUUCACCUUCUUCUUUAUACAAAAUCAUGUCUGCUAAUAGCAAGCAAAGAGUCGCAAUUAUUGGAUCUGGCAACUGGGGUUCCUCUAUUGCUCGCGUCUGUGCACAGAACACGAUUAAACAUAGUGAUACAUUCGAAAAGGAAGUUCGUAUGUGGGUUUAUGAAGAAAUGAUCGAAGGCAAAAAGCUGACAGAAAUCAUCAAUGAAAAACACGAGAACGUCAAAUAUCUUCCAGGUAUUAAUUUGGGAGAGAACGUAGUUGCUAUUCCAGAUGUUAAAGAUGCGGCUAAAGAUGCAACUAUUCUUGUCUUUGUCUUGCCACAUCAAUUCGUCUAUGGUGUCUGUGGAAAUCUUCGCGAUGUCAUCUCCAAGAACUGUAAAGCUAUCUCACUCAUCAAAGGCUUAGACUACAAAGACAAUAACUUGCAUAUCUUUUCUGAAGAAAUUGAAAGGAUCCUUGGUAUCCCUUGUGCCGCUUUGAGCGGUGCUAACAUAGCUACUGAAGUUGCUGAAGAGCAAUUUGGUGAAACGACCAUAGCCUGCCAGGAUUCCAAGGAUGGAGAACUAUUCCUCAAGCUCUUCCAUACAGACUAUUUUGAUUGUACUGUCAUUGAAGACUACAGAGGUCUUCAGAUAUGUGGUGCUUUAAAGAAUAUUAUUGCCAUUGGUGCAGGUAUUUGUGACGGUCUCAAUUACGGUAACAAUACAAAGGCCGCUGUCAUUCGUCGUGGUUUGCUUGAAAUGAGAAAAUUCGGAAAGACCUUCUUUGGCGGUGUACGAACAGAAACAUUCUUUCAAUCAUGUGGUGUUGCAGAUUUGAUUACGACAUGUUCUGGUGGCCGUAACAGAAAGGUUGCUGCUGCUUUUAUCAACUCUGGUAAAUCUAUCGAAGAGGUAGAAAAGGAAAUGUUGAAUGGCCAAAAGUUGCAAGGCACAACCACAUCUCAAGAAGUAUAUAACUUUUUGUCAGCUAGAGAUAUGACUCAUGAAUUCCCUCUGAUGACAGCUAUCUAUCGCGUUAUUUAUGAAAAGGCUCCACCUGAAAUCAUUGCUCGUGAUCUUCGUACUCGUAAAGCUGUAGUCGACAAAGAAUAAUAACCUCAGUCUUUAAAUAAAUUUGUGUAAUAAAGCCUAAUGUUUUUCCAAAAUAAAAUACCAAAACCCAUUACGUCUCUUUAUUCGAGUUUUCAUAUUUACUAUUUU